AUGGAAGACCGUUCUUUUUUCGACCUACUUCCUCAAUCGAAGCGUCGUGAAGUAGAGGCUUGCUUGGAUGUGCUCAACCAGACCGCUCCAAAAAUUAAUGAUUUGGAGAACAACCUACUGGAGGCGCGCUCCUUUUUGAACUCCAUGUUGAUGGAAAAGAUGAGCAAUCUAAGCUCACUCGGCUGUAGGCUCCGAAAAUGUGUAGAAAAGGCUAGACCGUAUUAUCACUAUAAAGAAACCCAACUGGAGUUGAUUGAAAAAAUCAGACUUGCCUCAGAUCGUUAUCAUAAAGCCAACGAAAGACUGACCGCUUCUCAGGCGGCGUUUUCAAGAAUCGAAUGUGAGAAGACCACUUACGAGAGUAUGGAGGACUCGGCUACUCUGGAGACGAUUAAUUUAUGCAUCGCCCAGGUCAAUGCUGCUGCCCGCGAACUUACGGAAGUCAAACGCGAACAUGAGCAUUUAUUGGUUUUGUAUGCUCAGUCCGAAAGGCUGAUUCAUCAUCUGGAGCGUUGGCACAGCCUGUCGAUUAAAAAGGCCGAACCCUACUUCGUGAAAAAACGACUGUUCGAUCAACAAGUAUCCGUGAGUUCCUUGCCUUAUUAG